GAGAGAGAGAGAGCGCGCGAGAGAGACGGAGACACACAGCGGUGUCGGGAGGCUGUGUCCACGGGAAGUUGAGCUCAAACAGCUGCACUGGACUGACACCAGGCCGUGCACCAAGCAGCAGGAGCCCGUUUUGACACAUCCACCCGCCGCCCCCCUUCUCUCCGCCCCUGCUGCGGUCGUUACCGGCCGCUGUCUGGUUCGCAGCUCGAACAUCUCCAGUGCGCCGCGGCGGCUGGCAGCAGGUAUUUGGAGCCUCCCACCCUCCGCACGGUGCAAUGCAACGCAGGCCAGUGCUUCCAGGGAGCCCCGCUGCAGCUAACAGAGCUUUUUAAUACCUCGAAGGUAAACACCAUGACAGAGCGACUCACAUCUGGGGCCUCUGCUCGUAUGUGCGCCGUAGCUAUUCAUGUUUCUUCCGUGCACUUCUGAAGGCUUCCCGGGCUAACGGUCGCUUUUUCCGCCACUGAAGUUCAGUUUCUGGGGGGAAAUUUUUGUAGCAUAAUCGACAAGUGCAGACGUUUCGAGACACGACAGCAGCCCCGGUGUGCUUGGUGACUGCACUCUCUCCUUCAUAUCGGAGUGGAAGGAACACGCUCUGCCCGGAGGACCACCGGUUGAACGGAGCCGUCAAAGCGCUAAAGCACGGUUGAUUUGGGGGGUGUUUGAGGAGAAAGGUGUCCUGUGGUUUUACUGGAAGCACGUUUCAUCGCCAUGGUGGUCUUCAACGGGCAGCUGAAGAUCAGGAUCCGCGAGGCUCUGGACCUCAAACCCACAGCUUGGUCCCUGCGUCACGCCGUCGGUCCCAAGACUCAGACCUUCCUCCUGGACACGUACAUCGCCCUCAACGUGGACGACUCUCGCGUGGGCCAGACCUCCACCAAGCAGAAAACCAACAGCCCCACGUGGAAUGACGAGUUCAUCACGGAGGUCCACGACGGCCGCAAGAUAGAGCUAUCAGUCUUCCACGACGCGCCCAUUGGCUACGACGACUUCGUGGCCAACUGCAUCAUCCAAUUCGAGGACAUCCUGCAGAACAGCAGCAAGCACUUUGAGGACUGGAUUGACCUGGAACCAGAGGGGAAGGUGUAUGUUGUUAUUGACCUAUCAGGAUCUUCCAGUGAAGCAGCGGCAGGCUCUACCGAAAAUGAGGAGCGCGUGUUUCGACAGCGGAUGCGUCCCAGGAAGCGUCAAGGUGCCGUCCGUCGGAGAGUCCACCAAGUCAACGGACACAAGUUCAUGGCCACCUACCUGAGACAGCCCACGUACUGCUCGCACUGCAGGGACUUUAUCUGGGGGGUUUUAGGAAAGCAGGGCUAUCAGUGUCAAGUGUGUACCUGUGUUGUCCACAAGCGCUGCCAUGAGCUGAUCAUUACCAAAUGUGCCGGCAUGAAGAAGCAGGACGACAUGGUCGGGGAGGUGGGGUCUCAGAGAUUCAGCGUUAAUGUCCCACACAAGUUCAGCAUCCACAACUUUAAAGUUCUCACCUUCUGUGACCACUGUGGAUCUCUGCUGUGGGGUCUGAUGCGACAGGGACUCCAGUGUAAAGUUUGUAAGGUGAACGUACACAGACGCUGUGAGAACAACGUAGCCCCAAACUGUGGCGUUGAUGCCAGAGGGAUCGCUAAAGUCCUGUCUGACCUCGGAGUCACUCCAGACAAGAUCUCUAACAGCGCCCAGAGACGGAAAAAGCUUACUCAGGCUCAGGAUCCUCAGCAGCCGUUAUCAGGGAUCCCUCAGAUAGAAGACGAUCGCUCAAAGUCUGCCCCCACCUCCCCGUGUGAUCAGGACGUGAAGGAGCUGGAGAACAUCCGGAAGGCUCUGUCGUUUGACCACCGCGGAGAGGAGCACAAAACACACCCACUGUCUUCCUCCUCGUCUGUGGACACGGUAACGUGUGACACGCACACGGGAGGCGAUGGGAACGGCGUCGGAGAGGAAAGCGAAGAAAGCCAGGCGAAUGGCGAGGUCAAAGGUCACAGCGUUCCAGAGGCCAAGAGGAUGAACCUGCAUGACUUUGUGUUUAUCAAAGUUCUGGGGAAAGGAAGCUUUGGAAAGGUGAUGCUGGCGGAGAUGAAGGGCACAGACGAGGUUUAUGCCGUCAAGGUGCUGAAGAAAGACGUGAUCCUGCAGGACGACGACGUGGACUGCACCAUGACUGAGAAACGGAUCUUAGCAUUGGCCAGGAGACACCCCUACCUGACACAGCUCUUCUGCUGCUUCCAGACUAAAGACCGCUUGUUCUUUGUGAUGGAAUAUGUUAAUGGAGGAGACCUGAUGUUUCAGAUCCAGCGAUCGAGGAAGUUCGAUGAGGCACGAUCUCGUUUUUACGCCGCCGAGGUCACAUCUGCCCUGAUGUUCCUGCACCGACACGGAGUCAUUUACAGAGACUUGAAGCUGGACAAUAUACUGUUGGAUGCUGAGGGUCACUGUAAGCUGGCAGACUUUGGGAUGUGCAAGGAGGGAAUUCUCAAUGGAGUCACCACCACCACCUUCUGUGGGACACCGGACUACAUAGCGCCUGAGAUCCUCCAGGAGCUGGAUUAUGGUCCGUCAGUGGACUGGUGGGCGCUAGGGGUGCUGAUGUACGAGAUGAUGGCAGGACAGCCACCGUUUGAGGCCGAUAACGAAGACGACCUGUUUGAGUCCAUCCUCCACGAUGACGUGCUCUAUCCGGUCUGGCUCAGCAAGGAGGCCGUGUCCAUUCUAAGAGCGUUUAUGACUAAGAGCCCUAACAAGCGUCUGGGCUGCGUGGUGGCUCAGGGUCUGGAGGAGGCCAUUAAACUUCACCCGUUCUUUAGAGAGAUUGACUGGACGCUGCUGGAGCAGAGGAAGAUCAGACCACCGUUCAAACCUCGCAUCAAAACCAAAAGGGACGUCAAUAACUUUGACCAGGACUUCACCCGUGAGGAACCCGUUCUGACGCCUGUUGAAGAGAGCAUCAUCAAGCAGAUCAACCAAGACGAGUUCAAAGGAUUCUCCUAUUUUGGCGAUGAGACCAAAGCCUAGACACGUACAUGCCGAUGUGUAACAUUAACCACAAACACCGCACCACACCCGAAAAACUUUCAAAGACACCGUAUUUAAAGAAACACGGCCUCCCGAGCUGUUCCAGAUUCUGACCACUCCAGGAAAUAUACUAGACCAUUUGUAUUACUCAUUAUGGUUUCUGUGCUCUUGUCGUUUGUCCAUUUGUGCAUAUCCCAUGGACCUCAAGCAGCAUGCAAGUGCAGGUCAGUUACUGUAAGAAACGACCCGAUGCUCCUUCGGGUGGUUCGGGUGUGUUGUAAAAGCAGGCGGACAAAACCAAACGGAAGUAGAUACAAAGGCAAGGUCAUGUUCUCUGUGUGUGAGAAUGAGAGAGAAAUCAUGUGUGUACAAGUGUGCAUGCAUGUGUUGUUGCACACCUCUUCUAGAGAGAGUCGUUUCUUUACAUGAUGUGCUGCGUCCUGUGUCUCAGUGUUUAAACAGUGUUUUUCCUUCCUACGUGUAUGUAAAUGACAAAAAAAAAUCAUUGAACCAAUGAUUGUAUUUAAACAAGAAAUAUCUUGAAAACUGUUUUAUUCGUUAUGGAAAGAAGUGUGGAAAGGAGGCGUGAGAAAUCAGAGAUUUUUCUGACGUUAAAAGUGUAGUCUCAGUAUUCGUCAGUGCGUUUAAAUACCUUAAAUAAUAACUCGAGAAGAGGCAUCACUGGAGUGACACUUUGGCAUUUUAAAUUUGAGUUUAGCAUUAUCUCAGUAGUUCUGCUGCGCUCCGUUACUAACUUUCUUUUAGCUUCUCGACAUCGACAUUCCAGUUCCUCGUUAAAAAAACACAAACAAAAACAAAUGGUACUACUGUAGCUUACUACUGGGAGUGUCCAUUAUGGGGAUGAGGUUUGCUUACAGUGUUAACAAGCUGUUUUGCAUACGACACGAUACUUGACACGGAGACACUUGUCUAGUAAAGCCAAAUAACAAGCUGGAACAAGCUGAAUCGGAAACGUCCGGGGCGCCCUUUAAAAAGACGAUUCAUUUUAGCUGAAGUGCUUGUUACCGACUCUCUCGAUGCACCUUGCGGAGCGAAAUCUUCCCGGGUCAGCUCCUUAAACACCUUUGUGACCAGUUUAUCCUUGAAAUGCCUUGUGUGCGCGCGUGUGUGUACAGUAACUGCGUUACCAGUGAAUGUACUGGACCUACUGUCUCUAACGUGACAAACCAAACCCCCGUGAUUCCACAGGAAAGUCGAGGAUCGUACACAGAGGAGAAUGUGUUCAACUGAAUGUAUUUGCUCUGCAGUGUGUGUGUGUGUGUGUGUGUACAUAUGAGAAGAGCCCGUUUUCUCUUGCCAUCAAGUUGUACUUUAAUUUAAUACAUUUUUUGGUUUUUGUUGA